AUAUAAGGACAAAGAUUUUAUAUCCCUUAUCUUAUCGCGUUCUCUUUAACAGAUAAGCCCGACUGUAUCGCUCCAUGUAUCAUUGCUCCAUAUUCGUGUGAAAAGAUGCGUCAUUUCUCAUUAACAAUUUCUAUAAGUGAUUGGAAGCAUAAUGCUGCUAAAUACUUGCAUGAAAGUGCGAAAUUAUAAGAAAUGGAGUUACAAUACUAUGUUGUGUUAGUUUUAGUUUGUGGUGCUAGUGCGGAGCUUUGCCCAAAGCAAUGUGACUGUGAUAGGGAAGAUGAGUUGAAUAGGGCGACGUGUGUUGAUCAAAACAUUAUUGGUAUCGACGUGGGUGUGCCAAAGGAAGUGCAAGUUUACAGCCUCAGCCACAACGCUAUUAGUGAACUGGAUAACUUUUGUUUCAAAGAAAGUGGCUAUUCAUCGAUUCAAGUGUUGGACUUAUCCUACAAUGUAAUUUUCUGGAUUGGCCUCCAUGCAUUUUCUGGCUUGGAACAACUCAUCCACCUGGAUCUGAGCAACAACAGACUCAGGCAAAUCCCGUCAGACCUCUUCUGGGACACGCCAGAACUUCGGACACUAGAUCUGUCGGGGAAUGUUUUCGAGUCGCUGAAUAACGAACCUUUAUUGAUGCAUCCGAAGUUGCAGAUUCUUAACCUUCACAAUUGCCGAAUAAAGGCGCUACCAGAGAGGAUGUUCACCCGACUACCGAACAUGCAGAAAUUGGACUUGAGUGACAACUACAUGGUCACUCUAAACACUGAAGUUUUACGACCGAUGAGGAAGUUACAGCGUAUAGAACUACGGAACGACUAUUGGCAGUGCAACCCCGACUUUAUGGCAGUAGAGUCGUGGAUCGUGUCGAGGGGCAUAACAUAUCAGAAACAGUGUAAACGAAAAAUGCCAAAAAUGUCUGAGAAAAUGAUCGCCGCACCCAGCACAGAAAAACCUGCGGUCGACGUGAAAGAUGUAUGGAAUGUGACUACUGAGAAAACGGACACUGUACUAGAAACGAAACCUAGCACGCCAAUGACACCGUUUCAGAAGUUCGAUAAAGAGUUCUCAUCAUUCCAAGCGUUUAUAAUAGGUGUAGAAAUAGGAUUAGCGAUAGGAAUAGUGGGUACGUACAUAUGGUUACGUAAGUUUUGUAAAUGUGGGCAGCUGGACUGCACGCGCCCGGAUACGAGAAGGGAGAGGCGACGCGCGCAAAGAGUUGACGCGGAUAGAACAACUUUACUCUGGAGUAGUGUCAUUAACCCGGACACGGAAACUCCGCCUAUUUACCGAAGGCAGUUGUCCUUGCCUGAUAGAGCUCCACCGUUCCCCACAUAUGGGCUACCUGGUGUAGUGGAGGCGGGGCUGCAAAUUGAUGCAAUCCGUGCGCCGCGGGCCGAGACGCCGCCCCCGCCGUAUAAUGAAUGCCGGAUAAACAUUUGAAUACUAUUAAAACUAGAUAAAGUAUCAAUAGGAUUUAUAAAUUGAAGAGUGAUUUGUAUAUUGCGUUGUUAGCGUGAACUUGUGAAGUGUUGUGAGUCACAAGUUGUGAUAUAUUGCAUUUAUUUAUAAGUAGGUAAUUGCAAUUGCAUUGGUGUGAAUGUCAAAUUAUUUUCUAUUGAUAAGUUGUUGUACUUCAUAGAUAAUUAAAAGACAAAAGUAUGAA